CUCUGAUGUUACUAGCGAGAGGUGGCUGAGACGUCACACUUUCACGUUGCUUUUAAACUCUCCAGAGCACAUGUGCAUAGAUAUCACUACCGUACAACAAGUAAUACGGUUUAUUAGGUCGACUGGAAGUGAUCAAUUUUCUUAGAUUUCUAUUUUUUUUUUUACUAAUAGUUAUUCAAAAUGGAACUUCGUAUUGAAAAAAAAAAGGAUUACGAAUUUUUUAUUAAAAGUCUAGUGGCUGGUGGUGUAGCGGGUAUUUGUUCGAAAACAACCGUCGCACCAUUGGACAGAAUUAAAAUAUUACUGCAAGCACACAACAAGCAUUAUAAACAUUUAGGUGUUUUCUCUGGUUUAAAAGAAAUUGUUAAACGGGAAACAGUUUUUGCUCUAUAUAAAGGUAACUGGGCUCAAAUGAUCAGAAUUUUUCCAUAUGCAGCAAUUCAAUUUACGUCAUUUGAAUUCUAUUCUAAAUAUUUAAGAUCAUUGUUUCAAAAGCGUAGACACGUUGAGAAAUUUUUUGCUGGAUCUGCAGCUGGAGUCACAGCAGCAACGUUAACAUAUCCGCUUGAUACAAUUAGAGCACGUCUUGCUUUCCAAGUUACAGGAGAACACGUUUAUACUGGGAUUAUUCAUACUGGUGCUUCAAUUUUUAAGGAUGAAGGUGGCUUUAGAGCUUUAUAUAGAGGGUUUUUACCAACUAUUGUCGGAAUGAUUCCAUACGCAGGUUUUUCAUUUUACACAUUUGAAAAAUUGAAAUAUUUAUGUAUGAAGUAUAUACCAAAUUAUACUUGUUCUAAAUGUGAUAGAAAUACUGGCGGCCUUGUUUUAACAUUACCUUCAAAAGUUAUUUGUGGAGGGCUUGCAGGAGCAGCAGCACAAAGUUUUUCUUAUCCUUUAGAUGUUACAAGGAGACGUAUGCAAUUAGCUAUGAUGAAUCCAGCUACUCAUAAAUAUAGCUCUAGUAUGCUAUCAACUAUGAAACUCACAUAUAAUGAAAGUGGUAUUAUAAAAGGAUUAUAUCGUGGAAUGAGUAUAAAUUAUAUUCGUGGUGUACCUAUGGUUGCAGUCAGUUUUACUACAUAUGAAAUUAUGAAGCAAUUGCUUAAUUUAGAUACAGGAACAAAAUUAUAAUUUUGUUUACUAUUGUUAUAAUGCUAUUUUAUAAUGAUAAUGAUUUCAAUCAAUGCAAUCUAUUGAAUAGGUUUACUACUAAAGGAUAAUAUUUUCAUAAUUAUAUGAUUAUACAAAAUAGCCACAAUGGCAGAAAAUUAAAUUAACUUUAAUCUUGGAAAAAUUAAGAGAGUGGAUGAAAUGAAAAUCAAGGUAAGUUAAGACUAGCUAUAACUGAUAAGGACCAUAUAAAUCAUACCUUAAUCAAAGUAGUACUAAUUAUGACAAUUAUUACAUUUAUACUGCGAAAACUGUGAUAAAUAUUAUAAAAUUAAAAACACGCAUAAGUGAUAGAUUAAUUAUAAUUCAGAUAUAUUACACGUAUAGGCACAAUAUAUUAUAAUAUUUAAAAUAAAAAGAGUAUAUAAAGAAUAUAAUUACAAGUAAGGUAUGCUUAUGGUCGUUUAAUGUACUUCUAUAUGUAUAUUCAUUUUAAAUUUAUUAAAUAAUUUAUAUUUUUUUACACAAUUUACAUAAUUUCUUUAAUUAAUAAUAACGAGCAUCUCACAAUCACCGACGGUUUUAACGAUACUUCGUAUUAUUUGAAUUUGAAUAAUGUGAAAGGCACAGCUGGAACAUAUGAGAUAAUAGGUCAGAUAUCGGACUCAAUAUAUAACAUAAAAACAGGAAAAAAGAGAAAUACAGAUUUAUUCCAUAUAACAAAGCUCAUACUAAUCACCGAUGA